AUGUGCCGCCUACGUCACCUGGAAAGUCGUAUUCACCGUGAGGUCUUCGACACCAACCUCCCCAGCGCGCAUGACGACGAGACAAUCGAGCGCUUCCGUCACGAGCUCGAAGCGUGGCGCCUCGGAGUGUGGGCUUCACUGGACAGCCAGACGGAUGGACCCAACUACUCUCUCUACGACACGCGCGAAUUUUUCGAGAUCCAGUACAGCAAGGCGCUGCGCAUGCUGCUGCAGCCGCGCAUCACCGGUGACCGAGGCGACAGCUCUCAGACGGCCUUCUAUCUCUCGCUCAGCGCGCGCGCCGCGGGAGAUGUCUGUCAGUGCUACAAAACACUGCACCAGCGCCGCCGGCUCGGCUGGAACCUGCUGGCCCUUCACUCUAUCUUUACGGCCGGCCUGACGCUGCUGUAUUGCGCUUGGGCCCGGCGGGAGCAGGUGCCGGACCUGGCCGCGCUGGAGGACAUCCGGGCGUGCUCGAAUGUACUAUUCGCCAUCUCGGAGCAGUGGCCAUCUACCCAGCGGUUCCGGGACGCGUUUGAAACGCUGGCACGCCGCAUGAUGGAGAUCGUUUCCACCAGCCAUCCUGCGGCAUCUACUCAAGGUUUGUCGGCCGUGGAGAUGGCCCCGAACGACGACAACUUUUGGUCCAUCUUCGAUGAUCUAGUGGAUGAUGAGUUUAUCCGCAACCAGUUUUGGUUUGACAACACAUGCUAG